AGCAUGGCUUCCCAGGCGGGCGAGCUGGCCCUCCUCUGCCUUCUCCUGGGCUUGCAGGGCUCCCUGGCCACAGGUACGACGGUGCUGGCCGGGGCCGCCCCCCAAGUGUUCCGCACUCAGAGGGAGGCCCACGGCGUCCUGCACCGGCCGAGGCGCGCCAACGCGUUCCUGGAGGAGCUGUGGCCCGGCUCGCUGGAGAGGGAGUGCCUCGAGGAGCGCUGCUCGCUGGAGGAGGCCCGGGAGAUCUUCCAGGACCCGCGGCGCGCCGAGCAGUUCUGGAUUUCUUACACCGACGGGGACCAGUGCGCCUCGAACCCGUGCCAGAACGGAGGCUCCUGCGAAGACCAGCUCCAGUCCUACAUCUGCUUCUGCCCUGACAGCUUCCAGGGCCGCAACUGUGAGACAAACAAGAAGGACCUGCUGGUCUGCGUGAACGAGAACGGGGGCUGUGAGCAGUAUUGCAGUGACCGUGCCGAGGGCGGGCGCUCCUGCCGCUGCCACGAGGGGUACACACUCCAAGACGACGGGGUGUCCUGCGCGCCCACAGUGGAAUACCCGUGUGGGAAGAUCCCUGUUCUGGAGAAGAGAAAUGGCAGCAACCCCCAAGGCCGGAUUGUGGGUGGCAGGGUGUGCCCCAAAGGGGAGUGUCCUUGGCAGGCUAUCCUGACGGUGGACGGGGCGCUGCUGUGCGGGGGAACCCUACUCGACGCUGCCUGGGUGGUCUCCGCCGCGCACUGCUUCGAAACCCGGAAGAACUGGAGAAACCUGACGGUGGUCUUGGGGGAGCACGACCUUUGCAAGCAGGAGGGCGAGGAGCAGGAGCGGCGUGUGGCCCGGAUCUUCGUCCCCGACAAGUACGUCCCCGGCAAGACGAACCACGACAUUGCUCUGCUGCAGCUGAACAGGCCCGUGACCUUCACAGACCACGUGGUGCCCCUGUGUCUGCCCGAGAAGACCUUCUCCGAGAGGACGCUGGCCUCCGUCCGCUUCUCGACCGUCAGUGGCUGGGGCCAGCUGCUGCACAGGGGCGCCACGGCCGUCCAGCUCAUGGCCAUCGACGUGCCCCGCGUGAUGACCCAGGACUGCCAGGAGCAGUCACGCCAGUGGGAGGGCUCGCCCGCCGUCACCGAGAACAUGUUCUGUGCCGGCUACCUGGACGGGAGCAAGGACGCCUGCCAGGGGGACAGCGGGGGCCCGCACGCCACCAAGUUCCAGGGCACCUGGUACCUGACGGGCCUUGUCAGCUGGGGGGAGGGCUGUGCGGCCGAAGGCCACUUCGGGGUGUACACCAGGGUCUCCCGGUACAUCGAGUGGCUGCGCAGGCUCAUGAACACCAACACAACCCUGCAAGGCCUUCUCCGGGCCCCACUGCCCUAGCCUCGGCCCAGCGCCCCCCGGGAAUAAAGCUGUUGCCUGCCUCUCCCUCGAA